GCGCGCGCCGCCGCUGGCGCUCGAUGCGGAACUGGGCGGGCGGCGCAGAGCGGCGGUGGCGGCGGCGCAGAUUGGACUUGGCAGACUGUUCCAAGCAGAUUCUGUUCCCCAAGGCAGCGAUCACAGCUGAUGGGAUAGCUGACCACUGGAUCAAUGAACAGGAAUUCCUUGAGAUGACAUAGGGAGGGGCAUCGAGCACAAUGGUGCAGAAAAAGAAAAUCUGCUCUCGGCUGCUUGACUAUCUUGUGAUCAUUGGAGCCAGGCACCCGAGCAGCGACAGCGUCGCUCAGACUCCUGAGCUGCUGCGGCGUUACCCUCUGGAGGACCACGCAGACUUUCCCCUCCCGCCCGACGUCGUGUUCUUCUGCCAGCCUGAGGGAUGCCUGAGCGUGCGGCAGAGGCGCAUGAGCUUCCGCGACGACACGUCCUUCGUGUUCACCCUCACGGACAAGGACACGGGCGUCACCCGCUAUGGCAUCUGCGUCAACUUCUACCGCUCCUUCCAGAAGCGAGUCCCCAAGGAGAAGGGAGAGGGCGCGGGGGGACAUCGAGCUCGCGAGGGACAGAAGGUCCCUAAAGCUGGGGAUGCAUCAGCGCCCCAGGAGGAAGCGGGCACCGAGAGUUCAGAGAGCGGCUCUUCGCUGCAGGCCCCCAGCGCGGAGUCUACCCCUGACGUGAACCGAUCCCCGCGCAGCAAGCGCCUGGCCAAAGGCAGCCAUCGCUCUCGGAACAGCACUCUGACUUCUCUGUGCAUCCUUAGCCAUUAUCCCUUCUUUUCCACCUUCCGGGAGUGUCUGUACACCCUCAAGAGACUCGUGGACUGCUGUAGUGAGAGACUGUUGGGCAAGAAGUUGGGGAUUCCGCGUGGGGUGCAGAGGGACACGAUGUGGCGGAUUUUCACGGGCUCCCUGCUGGUGGAGGAGAAGUCCAGCGCCUUGCUACACGACCUGCGGGAGAUUGAGGCUUGGAUAUACCGCCUGCUGCGCUCCCCCAUGCCCGUUGCUGGCCAGAAGCGGGUGGACGUGGAAGUCUUGCCACACGAGCUGCAGCCAGCUUUGACCUUUGCUCUUCCUGAUCCAUCCCGCUUCACUUUGGUGGAUUUUCCAUUGCAUCUGCCUUUGGAGUUAUUGGGAGUGGAUGCCUGCCUGCAGGUGCUGACAUGCAUCCUUCUGGAGCACAAGGUUGUACUGCAGUCCCGAGAUUAUAAUGCACUUUCAAUGUCUGUGAUGGCCUUUGUGGCCAUGAUCUACCCGCUGGAGUACAUGUUCCCAGUGAUCCCUCUGCUUCCCACCUGCAUGGCCUCUGCAGAACAGUUGCUUCUAGCCCCUACACCUUAUAUCAUCGGUGUUCCAGCAAGUUUCUUCCUUUACAAACUGGAUUUUAAAAUGCCUGAUGAUGUAUGGCUUAUUGACCUGGAUACCAAUAGGGUGAUUGUUCCCACAAAUGCAGAAUCUUUGCCAGCACUGCCAGAACCUGAAGCUUCAGAGCUGAAAAAGCAUCUGAAACAGGCCCUGGCCAGCAUGAGCCUGAAUACUCAGCCAAUUCUUAAUCUAGAGAAGUUUCAUGAGGGGCAGGAGGUGCCUCUGCUGCUGGGAAGACCACAGAAUGAUUUGCAGUCUACUCCCUCCACAGAAUUCAACCCUUUGAUCUAUGGAAAUGAUGUGGACUCUGUUGAUGUGGCUACCAGGGUUGCUAUGGUGAGAUUCUUCAACUCACCAAAUGUUUUGCAAGGUUUCCAAAUGCAUACUCGCACUCUUCGCCUCUUCCCACGACCAGUGGUAGCCUUCCAGGCAAAUUCUUUUCUUGCCUCUAGGCCCAAGCAAACACCUUUUGCAGAUAAGCUUUCCAGAACACAGGCAGUAGAAUAUUUUGGAGAAUGGUCGCUCAACCCUACUAAUUAUGCUUUCCAAAGAAUUCAUAACAACAUGUUUGACCCAGCCCUAAUUGGUGACAAACCCAAGUGGUAUGCUCACCAGCUGCAGCCCAUCCACUAUCGAGUCUAUGACAGCAAUUCACAGCUGGCUGAAGCCCUGAAUGUCCCAGCAGAGAAGGAAACAGAUUCUGAUGCCACUGAUGACAGCAGUGGCAGUGACAGCGUUGAUUACGACGAUUCAAGUUCCUCCUACUCCUCCCUUGGUGACUUUGUCAGUGAGAUGAUGAAAUGUGACAUUAAUGGUGAUACCCCAAAUGUUGACCCCCUGACUCAUGCAGCCCUUGGUGAUGCUAGUGAAGUGGAAUUUGAUGAUUUUCAAGAAUAUUCAGGGGAUCCUGAUGAACAGACCAUGGACAGUGAGAACUCCCAAGAGAAUAACCAGCCUCGUUCAAGUUCCAGUACUACAGCCAGUAGCAGCCCCAGCACUGUCAUCCAUGGAGUGAAUCAUUUGUAUGUAACGCAAAUUAGCGAACAGAUCAAUGAUUUGACUGGUCCACAGGAGGCAGCAGACUCAGCAGAAAUAGAAGAGAAGUUGGCUGCUGGAUUUUCAAACCAUCUCUCUUCCUUGCCACUGCAACCAAGCUUUCCCAAGAUCAGCUUGGAUCGCCGUGAGAGUGACAUCGCAGCUGGCAGCGUGAGCUCCUCAGAAGGGGUGGUGAGGAAGCGAGAGUAUGACAAUCCAUACUUUGAACCACAGUAUGGUUUUCCUACGGAGGAUGAAGAUGAUGAGCAGGAAGAGAGCUAUACCCCAAGAUUUAACCAAAACCUCAAUGGAAGCAGGUCUCAGAAGUUACUUCGGCCAAACAGUUUAAAACUGGCCAGUGAUUCUGAUGCAGAUUCAGAUUCCAGGGCCAGCUCCCCAAACUCUACUGUCUCCAACACCAGCAGUGAAGGUUUUGGGGGCAUCAUGUCUUUUGCAAGCAGCCUGUACAGAAACCACAGCACAAGUUUCAGUCUGUCCAACUUAGCCCUACCAACCAAAGUUGGGAGAGAUAAGAAUACUCCCUUUCCCAGCCUGAAAGAUUACUUUAAUCUGGAAUUGGGAAGGGAUGUGGAUGAAGUAUUUGGGUUAAAUACUAUAAUGGAGAUUAUUACUGAAGCUGGCCCAGUAAGCAAUGAAGGAAACAGACGGGCCCUUGUUGAUCAGAAGUCUUCAGUCAUAAAGCACAGCCCAACAGUGAAAAGAGAAUCUCCAUCGCCUCAGGGACGAUCUAGCAAUUCCAGUGAGAACCAGCAGUUCCUGAAGGAGGUGGUACACAAUGUUCUUGAUGGGCAAGGCGUUGGUUGGCUGAACAUGAAGAGAGUCCGACGUCUGCUGGAGAGCGAGCAGCUGCGUGUCUUUGUGCUGAGCAAGCUGAACCGCACCAUCCAGUCCGAGGAGGACGCUCGACAGGAUGUCAUACAGGACGUGGAGAUCAGCCGCAAGGUUUAUAAAGGCAUGCUGGACCUGCUGAAGUGCACUGUGUUGAGCCUGGAGCAGUCAUAUGCUAAUGCUGGCCUGGGAGGCAUGGCCAGUGUUUUUGGCCUGCUAGAGAUAGCACAUACUCACUACUAUAAUAAAGAACCAGAAAAGAGAAAACGAAGUCCUACAGAUGGAUCUGUCACUCCAGUUGGCAAGGAUCCUGCAUCAUCCCCAAGAGUGGAGCCAAAACCUGCCAUGCAGCUGCCGGUACCUCAGCUAAUGCCAAAGCCACCGAGCCCUGCAGGCAAAGGGCCAAGGGAGUUUGACACAAGGAGUCUAAAGGAAGAAAAUUUUAUUGCUUCCAUUGAAUUGUGGAACAAGCACCAGGAAGUGAAAAAGCAAAAAUCUUUGGAAAAAACGAGACCAGAAGGUGUGAAACAGUUUGAUUUGGGAGAAACGGAUGAGAAGAAAUCCCAAAUCAGUGCAGACAGUGGCCUCAGUUUGGCCUCAGGUUCUCAGAAGAGUGAUUUUGACUCUAUUCCCAGUGGAGGACCAACAGUUAUGGUCCGAAGUACAAGCCAGGAUUCUGAAGUCAGCACUGUGGUUAGUAACAGUUCUGGAGAGACAUUGGGAGCAGACAGUGACUUGAGUAGCAAUGCUGGUGAUGGCCCAAGUGUGGAAAAUGGUGGCAAUUUAGCAGGAUCCAGAGGCACUGUGUCAGACAGUGAAAUUGAGACAAACUCUGCUACUAGCUCUAUCUUUGCCAAGUCUCACAAUCUGAAGCAGAGUGUGAAGGAUAGCAAAGGGAGCACUCCAGGGAGAGGUCCAGAGGAUGGGAACCAGCGUGUCUAUCUAUAUGAAGGACUUCUGGGUAGGGAUAAAGGAUCUGUCUGGGACCAGUUAGAGGAUGCUGCAAUGGAAACCUUCUCUCUGAGCAAAGAGCGUUCAACUUUGUGGGACCAGAUGCAGUUCUGGGAAGAUGCUUUCUUGGAUGCUGUGAUGUUAGAGAGAGAAGGAAUGGGGAUGGACCAGGGACCUCAGGAGAUGAUUGACAGGUAUCUUUCCCUGGGAGAACACGAUCGAAAGCGUUUGGAGGAUGAUGAGGAUCGCUUGUUGGCUACACUGCUGCAUAAUAUGAUUGCUUAUAUGCUUAUGAUUAAGGUGAACAAGAAUGAUAUUAGGAAAAAGGUGCGACGUCUAAUGGGAAAAUCACAUAUUGGAUUGGUGCACAGCCAGCAAAUAAAUGAUAUUCUAGACAAACUUGCCAAUCUGAAUGGACGGGAACUCCCUGUGAGACCCAGUGGCAGCCGCCACAUCAAGAAGCAGACUUUUGUAGUACAUGCUGGGACAGACACAACAGGAGACAUAUUUUUCAUGGAGGUAUGUGAUGAUUGUAUUGUGCUGAGGAGCAACAUUGGAACUGUGUAUGAACGUUGGUGGUAUGAGAAGCUCAUCAACAUGACUUACUGUCCCAAAACAAAAGUGCUUUGCCUCUGGCGCAGGAAUGGUCAGGAGACACAAUUGAACAAGUUCUACACAAAGAAGUGUCGGGAACUGUACUACUGUGUAAAAGACAGCAUGGAACGAGCAGCAGCAAGGCAGCAAAGCAUUAAACCAGGCCCUGAGUUGGGUGGUGAGUUCCCUGUGCAGGAUAUGAAAACUGGUGAAGGAGGUCUUCUUCAGGUCACACUGGAAGGAAUUAACCUGAAAUUUAUGCACAGUCAGGUUUUCAUAGAGCUGAAUCACAUUAAAAAGUGCAAUACUGUGCGAGGAGUCUUUGUCCUGGAGGAAUUUGGUCCUUACAGCUUUCCCUUCCUGCUUUUUGAAGAGUAUAUGAACAGUUGUAUGUUAUCCAGUGGGCAGUGAGACUUAAACAGCUGUAAAAGUCCUACCCUAUUUGGCUGUGCACCAGCCUCACUCCCACCUUUAUUCCCUGGUGACAUGGAGUUAAUUUGGAACAUCUGGUGCCAACGGGUAAGGUAGCUUGGAUGUGCACCUCCUUAUCUCCCCAGCUUUAGUCUCUGGUAUCACUGGGGCAGUGCAGCCUGGGUGUGCACUUCCCUUGUUUCUCAGCCCUUCAUGCAGCUGCCAACUCCAAGGAGAGUGAGAGUUGAAAAAUAAACCAAAAAUAUUACUUUUUACCAUCAUUUUCUGUACUUUUCAAUAGAUUAUUUUCAAGAAUGACAAUACCAUGACAUGUGAGAAUUAGUAGGUACUGGUUUAUAUUUUGAGAACUUUCUCAAACCCAGUCUGCACUGCCUACUCUUGGCCCCUUAGAGUGUGAUCCGUCUCCCUCUCCAGCGUUUAGCUGUGUCAUACCAUAGUUGAAGAGAUGACAUCUGCAUGGAUAGGUUUUGUUGUGGACUUUUCCUGGUUCUUCAUACUGAACUCAUCUGCCUCUGUUUCUUUUCUUGUCACUAGUACUAUGUGUAAUAAAACAUUUAUCCUUCCUCUAUGAACCUGGAAUGAUUUGGUUUUGCAUAAUUUCUGUACUGCUUCUUCUAAAUUUUUUUGUUGUGAAACAGAAAUUUCAUGGCAAAUUCCAGCUAUUCUGGAAGGGAAGUACUCAGAGCUGGCCUUGGUAUUCCCCUGAUAUUGACUUUUUAAAUUUGCCAGUUGAAUGUUCUAGUGUGGUCUUUGUUCUCUUCUGGUGAUUUCCCAUGGUAUCUGUUCACAACAUUUGCAGACCGAGUGCGGGCCAAAGGCACAGUUCAGAUGCACUGCACCCAAAUGAGCUGGUUACAGUUUGCUUUUUUGUGCAUUCUCCAGUGAGAAAAAAAAAACAAAUUUCCUUUACCUAUAUUAUGCCAGUUUUCUUUCUAUCAGUUUGAGGCAGUGCAACGGAACAAGGGCAGAUUUUCUGGAUAAUAGAUUUUUUUAUCAAUGCCUUAAUCUUCCUUUUAUAUAAAGAUUUCUAUAAGCCAACCAGCUUGGUAUUUUAGGAAUAUGUGUCACUGAACUCAGCAUUUUAUUUUAAGGCAACUCAUUCAAAAACUUUGAAUGUUUUCAGUGAGUAUGUCAAGUAAAUACCAUCACACACAUCCUAUACAGGAGAAAGAAUAUCUUGAGGAACUUAAAAUAGAGCUGGAAAAGAGUCUUCAAGUUAAGAAAAAAAUUCUCCCUCAGCUCCUUUUUUUCCCCCUGGAUUUCACUAGCUUACUAUACAGUAUACAGUGUCCAACAGUUCUUUUGAAAUUUCUUGCAGAGAAGAUCUCAAGGGUGAAAUCUCUGGGAUUCAUAUAGUGACAAAUUCCUAUGGAAUUUUUGGGUUAUGUUUUAUUGUAGUAGGCAUUAGACAUAGUUUGUUAUUAAGCAUAUUUUUUCAUUAUUUUUACUGUCUAGCAGGAAUAAGUAAUAUGAGAAAAGCCAGAGUCUCUUAAGAACCAUCGAAUAUCUGCUGUGCCAAACACGGGCAGUGAAAAUUUUUGCCAGCUGGAGUAAUUUAUUAUGACAUUACCAGUGUCUUCCAAGGAUAUAUGUAAUGUAAAUGAAAAGAAGUAGAAAUAUGUAGAAGUGAGGGAUAGUGAAGUGCCCUGUACCUGCACCUGCUGUCUGUCUGCCUCCCUUCCCUUUCCCAUGGGAACAUUGUGCUAUUUCUUCCCCAUUUGCCUCUCGUUUUUUGAACUUUUUGUUUUGUCUCUUGCCCGUCCGG